AUGCAUUCGCGUCGACCCGAGACCUUGAAGAUUGACAUCUCCAAGUAUAGGGGAGUCGAAGAGGACUCCCUCUUGAGAUGGUUCGUCGAAUUGGAUGACGCCAUAAGGGCGCGUCGCAUCGACGAUGGGGAAAUGCAAGUUGCAUUUGCCCAGUCAAAUCUGGCAGGACGUGCCAAGACUUGGGCACUGGGGCUCAAGUUGCACGACCCAUAUGCGUUUGGGUCGUUGGAAGUCUUCAAGUCGCGGCUCAGACAAACGUUUGAACCGCCUAGAGCUGAGUUCAUAGCUCGAACCGAUCUCUUGAAGCUCAAGCAGGGUAAGCGUGAUGUGCACGCUUACGCGCAACAUAUACGACAUCUCACGAGUUGUAUAAGUUCCAAUCCGGUGGAUGAACACACGUUGGUUUCGGUGUUCAUGCAGGGUCUUGCGGAUGGUCCCGUCAAGACUCACCUGUUCCGGCUUGAACUAGAUUCACUAGAACAAGCCAUUUCCAUUGCGGAACAGGAAGACUUCAGUCUGAGACAGGCUCGCGCCAGCUCGACAUCAUAUCGUCAACCGAGACGAUAUGACAACGAAGGUCCAGAGCCGAUGGAACUCUGCUAUGUAGAGAGCGAGAAGGCUCGCUCUACAGGCUACAAGAAGUUGCAGAGAUGCAACAGAUGUCAAAAGACAGGACACUACGCUUACGAGUGUAGUGCCCCUCGUCCAGUGUCUCGCGACACUGGUCGUAGUGACCGUCCACCCAAGAGAAAGGGGCAGGGACGCGGGUCCGCUGUUGGUGCAAAGACGCAACAACGGGAUGGACCGUCAAAAAACGGACAGGAUCAGUAG